AUCGGUGUGUGAACUGAAAAAAACAUACAAAAUUAUUUAUCAUGAUUAUAAAAUUUAAUUCUUGUACUGCUGAUAAACAAACAAGUUCGUAUUAAAGCGAAAAUUUUUUUUUUCUUUUAGUUUUUUUUUAACAUAUAAUGUCUUCUGAUGAUAUUUUGCAACCAUUAAGCGCUGAAAAUUGGAAAUUACUUGCAGAAUUAUUAAAGAAAAAUUGGCCUUCUAAUAUACAAUAUUACUAUUUUAUUGAAACUGCCAUAAAAUGGAAAUUAGAAGAAGCAAAUUUACCUAUCACGAUUUAUUGUCCAAACGGUGAUUACAAAUCUGGAGUCUUUAUUGCAAUAUCAACAUGUACAUAUUACUGUCUCAUAAUUUUUGCACAUGAAGAUUGUGAGGAACUAUUAUACACAGCUGUAACAAAAACUAAAUUCAUAAAUUGGGAUGAAGAAGUUUCCUUCGCAGCAGUUCAGUCUCGACUCAUUCCAACUGCUCAUUCAAUUAUUGAAUAUCUAAAGGCAAACAAAGGGAUAGAAAUAAAAUAUAAUGAACUAGGAAAAUGUUUUUUCAGACCCAAAGAAGAGGCCGCUAUUUUUCAAGUACAGCUUCCUAAUAAUUGUUACUUAAAAGAACUUGAUGAAACUCAUGUGCCACUAAUACAUUCUGUAUGGCCCCUUCGAUCUACAUAUGAUGAAAAAUUAACAUACAAAUAUGUGUCAAUAAUGAUUAAAUUUAAUAAAGGAUUAGGAUUAUUUUCGAAAGAUACGAAUGAACUUUUAUCGUGGGCUGCGCAAUCUGAAUUUGGUGCCAUCAGUUUUGUUCAAACAAUUGAGCGUUGCAGGCGAAGAGGAUAUGCAAAAAUAAUUGCAAAUUCUUUGGCUAAAAUAUUGGCAGACGAAGGAACAGACUCAUUUGCAUUUAUUACUAAUGAAAAUCAUAUUUCAGAAAAGAUGUUCCAAUCAUGGAAUUUCAGACAAGUGCAAGAAUACAAUUGGAUAGGAAUGCAUCAGUAUAACAUAAAGAAUUAAUUUUUAAGGGGUUUCAUUUGUAUAAACUAAAUAAUUAUUUGGGUUGUUACGAGAUCCGAAAAAUAGAGUAAAAUUAUUAUUUAAUUCUAAUUAAAGCCAUAUCGUAACACACAAUUUAUACAUAAUUUUUUACACGUGCUGAAAUAUAA